ACCUCUGCUUUCUGCCAGGUGUUUGGUAAAAUUGCGCUGAACGACACCACGGAAAUCAACCGCAACAACAACUUCCAGACCUUCCCCCAGGCAGUGCUGCUGCUUUUCAGGUGUGCCACAGGUGAGGCCUGGCAGGAAAUCAUGCUGGCAUGUCUCCCUGACAAGAAGUGUGACCCGGAGUCGGAGCCAGCCAACUCCACGGAGGCCGAUCACUCCUGCGGCAGCAGCUUCGCCGUCUUCUAUUUCAUCAGCUUCUACAUGCUCUGUGCCUUCCUG